AUGGCCGCUCGGCAUUCGCGCAAGCUCUUAAGACCGCUCCUCUACACAUCCGCCGCCGCCGCUGCCGGAGCAGGUGUUCUUUACAUUUCUUACCGUCCACGAAAUAUUCCGGGUCUCGAAGCCCCUGCCGUUCCUCCGCCAGGUUACCGUGAAGGCAAAUUGGUCCCGCCCAGUUUCCCUUCAAUCAAGUCUCGCCUUGAGCAAAUUCAGGAUCUCAAGCGUAGUAACGACGAGGAGGAAUAUGAUCUGCUCAUCAUUGGUGGCGGAGCCACCGGAGCUGGUAUCGCACUAGAUGCCGCCACCCGAGGCCUGAAGGUCGCGGUAGUGGAGAGAGAUGAUUUCAGUUCGGGUACCAGUAGUAAGAGUACUAAACUGGUACACGGUGGUGUCCGGUACCUUGAAAAGGCCGUGUGGGAGUUGGACUACAACCAGUGA